UUUGUUAUGAACGAGUGAGGGAGAGCAGAACAGGUUUGAACGGCAGACUAAACUGAGCUGUCUGGUAGACUGGAGACAGGAGCAGCUUCUCCUGGAGGAGCUGGCUUUUUAUUCUGAAUCAAACCGAAGAAGGACCGGAGCCGGUCUCAAUGAUACCGGUUUUUUUUACUGUCACGUUGUCAUAUCAGCUCUGUGCAGUGAAAAACGGGGUGCAGGAGAGCUGAAAUCCUGGUGAAAGGAGCUGUUUCUCCUCACGAAGAGACGCCAACAAAGAGCAUUCAAGGAAGUACCUGCUGCCUGGCGACGACGCGUAAGUUAGUUCAGCCAGAGAAUAAAGUGCGGCGUCGGAGAGACCCUCACCAUGGCGCACAGCAGACUCUGUGGUCUGGUGUUGUCUUUAUUCUUCUGUAUUCUGGUCCUGAACGGGGGGAUUUUCCGAGUGAACGGACAGUACGGUGGCGGGGACCGAGGAAUGUCUAUACCGGAGCACGGAUUCUGCCAGCCCAUUUCCAUUCCACUGUGCACGGACAUCGCGUACAACGAGACCAUCAUGCCGAACCUGCUGGGCCACACCAACCAGGAGGACGCGGGGCUGGAGGUGCACCAGUUCUACCCGUUGGUGAAAGUGCAGUGCUCCCCGGAUUUAAAGUUCUUCCUCUGCUCCAUGUAUGCGCCGGUGUGCACGGUGCUCGAGCAGGCGCUGCCUCCGUGCCGCUCUCUAUGCGAGCGCGCACGGCAGGGCUGCGAAGCUCUCAUGAACAAGUUCGGUUUCCAGUGGCCCGACAGCCUGGCCUGCGAGUCCUUCCCAGUGCACGGCGCAGGGGAGCUGUGCGUCGGGCAGAACAUGUCGGACCGCACGGAGCCGGAAGGACCUGGAGCGUACCCCACCGAGCGCACACUGCCGGACCCCAUGAACGGACAGUUCAGGUGCCCGGCCUCGCUCAAGGUGCCCCCCUACCUGAACUACCGCUUCCUCGGGCAGGAGAACUGCGGCGCGCCUUGCGAGCCAAAGAGAUCUCACGGGAUGAUGUACUUCAAUGAGGAGGAGCUCAAAUUUGCCCGGAUAUGGAUCGGGAUUUGGUCAGUGCUGUGUUGUGCUUCCACUUUGUUCACAGUACUGACCUACCUGGUGGACAUGAAGCGCUUUAGCUACCCAGAGCGGCCCAUCGUCUUCCUUUCGGGCUGCUACACCAUGGUGUCCAUCGCCUACAUCACUGGGUUUUUACUGGAGGACAAGGUGGUCUGCAAUGACAGAUUUGACAAUGACAUCAGGACUGUGGUGCAGGGCACGAAGAAGGAGGGCUGUACCAUCCUCUUCAUGAUGCUCUACUUCUUCAGCAUGGCCAGCUCCAUCUGGUGGGUGAUCCUGGCUCUCACCUGGUUCCUGGCAGCAGGGAUGAAAUGGGGCCACGAAGCCAUCGAGGCUAACUCUCAGUACUUCCACCUAGCAGCCUGGGCCGUGCCCGCCAUCAAGACCAUCACCAUCCUGGCGGUGGGUCAGGUGGAUGGAGACGUGCUGAGCGGGGUCUGCUUCGUUGGCAUCAACAGCGUGGAUGCUCUUCGAGGCUUUGUCCUGGCCCCGCUGUUUGUUUACCUCUUCAUCGGGACCUCCUUCCUGUUAGCAGGUUUCGUGUCCCUGUUCCGCAUCCGAACCAUCAUGAAGCACGACGGCACAAAGACAGAGAAGCUGGAGAAGCUCAUGGUGCGGAUAGGGAUCUUCAGCGUCCUGUACACUGUGCCAGCCACCAUCGUCAUCGCCUGCUACUUCUACGAGCAGGCCUUCAGAGAGCAGUGGGAGCGGACGUGGAUCAGCCAGACCUGCAAGACGUACGCCGUGCCGUGUCCCAUCCAGAACCACCCGAACAUGAGUCCCGACUUCACCGUCUUCAUGAUAAAGUAUCUCAUGACGCUCAUUGUGGGCAUCACCUCUGGCUUCUGGAUCUGGUCUGGGAAGACCCUGAACUCCUGGAGGAGGUUUUACACGAGACUGGCCAACAGUAAACAGGGGGAGACCACAGUGUAAUGUGGCCCUCACACAGACUGCAUAGUGACAAACUGAAUGAUAAUCCUCUUUUGUUAUUUUCCUUUUCUGAUUUUUCUCGGACUUCAGGAGACACUUGGUCUGUUUUUUAAUGUACAUAUACAUUUGUGAGAUUUUUGUAAGUAUAUAUUUGUAUUUAAAGAUUUAAAAAUACGUCUUUUUAAAAAAAACAACAACUCUUUUUUCAUAUUUGGACAUAAUGGAAUUGUACUUAAUGAACACAAGGAGCCAGCUGACCGUCAAGGAUCCUUAGGUCUCAUGACCUGACUUACUGUGGACACCACUGGGAGUAUUUCUCAUGGAGCGUUGGUGUCUUUGAUCAGUGAGCCGCCUGUGAGCUCUGGGUCUAUUCUAAGCAGAGUCCCGUGAAACCCAAGUGCUUCCUCGUGGCUCCCUCUUAUCCUGAUUAACCAGCUGUACUUUGUGUCUGUUAUACAGUCGAGCAGCAGUUGCCCGGGUCUGAAGGGAAAUGUCAGCAGUGUGGGACAAGAAGCGGUGCACAGGUUGUGAAUGUGAGUCAUUGUGACAGAUGGUUGUGGCCUGUAGCUCGGGCCUAACAGUUAAAACAUUCCUUUCCAAAUAAAGCACACAGAAUCAUGCCAGCAUAACGCACCGUGCAAAUGUUUUUGCAUGUUUUAGCCCUGAAAGUAUUUUAUGGUGAUUUUUUCCAAACAUCUGAAAACAGAUUUUAUUUUUAACCAGAAUUAAAAAUCUACCUGCAGAGACCUUCAAACAGCUCUUACUCUGACCAUCAUGGCUGUGCUGAAUUAAUCAUACAAUAUAAUGUUAAUGCAUAUGACACAAUCUUACAUUUUUCACCCCUAAAAUAUCUAACGUAAGAAUCUGGUGACGUGAUUUAGAUCACCAGUCGUCACUGUGAUUUGAUGAAUUGAAAUCAAGGCGAUGCAUUCCAAGUUUUCAUUAAAAGAUUCAGAAUCUCUUGCUGCAAAAAACACACCACCUAUUGCAUAAAGUCAGAGCUAAGUCUCUUUUUAGUAUAGUGGGUGUGACUGAGUCUGUUACAUCCAACAGUGCUUUUUUAUACUGUCAAAGUAAACACGACAUGUUUAUCUCUUUUUACAAAUUCCAAAUCAUUUAAAAAAAAUUAAGUUUUUAAAAACAGUUUCACAAUAUCCAGUUCAUUUUAUAUCUUUCGUACACUCCUAGUAUUCAAAUUAAUUUCCUUUAACAUAUAACAAAAAAUUUAAAAUGUUUGAAAGAAAACAGAAUAUCAAACACUGAAGUUUGGUGUUGAGAAAUGAAGUCACAGGAAUUCUGAGGGUGUAAAACAUGCAAAAACUCUGGUGUGUUUCUUUUCGACUGUGAGUUCAAACAUCAUUCAGACGGGCUUUCUGUGAUUUUAGUGAACUUUACAUUUCAAGAACUGAAUGGAGGAGACCUCAGAGUGUUUGAAACAUUCAUGUGUGUACAGUGCUGUGUGUGAUUGGACGUUCCUUUGAGCCUUCAAUGUUUGUUUUGCUCCCCUGAUUUUUUUUAAAUUGAUCCAAAGUGAGAAGAAUUUAUUCAAAUGCAUGAAGUGUCAGCAGAGCAAAGACAAAUAACUGAGAACCUUUAAAUAACUUUUUUGAUUGAUUAGUUAUUUCAGCAAAUAAUGGAGCAAGACAAAGGCCAGGCAUUUCUAUGAUUCUACUUUAAAUGUGAGGAUUUUAUCUUGCAUAAAAGUAAACAUCUUCAGGUGUUUUGAUGGUUGGUCAGAUAAAACAAAUUAUUUCACACCUGACUCAGGCUUUGGAAAAAAAAUUACAAUAUUUUUUUUUUUCAGAUGAUUUUUUUUUUUAAGCUAAUGAAUUAAUAAUGACAAUACUCGUUAACCUACAUCAGACGUUAAUCGUGCUAAAGAGGAAAAAACUGCUCAGUCCUCCACGUUUUCUGCGUCUCUGGAGAUCUUGUGUUCAGGUUGUAGCUGCCGGUUGAAACAGGAUUCAGAGCUGGAAUCAUUUUGACUUUUACUGCCAGUAAAAAAACAAGAAGUGAGCUCAGGAAAAUGUGAGAAAUUCUGGGUGUAGCGCGGAUUCAGCAUUUUGUUGAAUUGACAAGGUAAUUCAGGUUUCAUAAGAAAAAUGAAUCAUGAUAACUCCCUUUAUUUUAUCUGAGAGUGCAUCAUCAGGCAAUGUUUGAAGAACUGAGUUUAAAUGUUGUAUUUUAUUAACAUAAAAUCAUCUGGCACAAACAAGACACAGGUUUGCAUGCUUCCUUUAAACAUCAUGCUUUACUCUUACUGUGAAUUCAAAGUUUCUUGUAGAACAACAUUUUGUUUCAAAGCCAGAAGCCAGAGUAGCUUUCUUAUUUGUGGUGUCCUUAACAAUAACCUCUCUGCAUAUUGUAAUUCAAGAUGUGUGGGAGAAAAGCAGACUUCUGCAUCUCCUCCUGGCUCUGUUUUUUUUUCUUUUUCAGAGCUUGUGACGAGACACUUUGGCCAAUCACGGCUCAAUCCAGAGCGAGCGGGCGUACGUUAUUGGCUGUUUUCUACUGCAGAUGAGCAUGACAGCCUGAUUCUAUGGCGAAUAAGCGCAAUAAAACACCUGACAGCAUCCGCACAGCAUUUCAGAGAUUUGGACUCAAAGCUUGGGCGGGUUAGCCUUUCACAUGAUUGUGUUGUACUCUCUAAACGCGUUGUAGCGAUUGAUUAGGAGCAUGAAGAAGUACACAUGAUAAUCACUGUGUGCGUUCGAGGCUCUUGCUUAUGCCGCCGUGUGCUCGUCUGGUUGGUCAGGCUCACAGAGAGGGGAGAGCUGCAGGAGGAGGGCUGUAUUUUUUUUAAUUCGGAGGUAUCUUUUUAUUUUUUCAGAACACUGCACACCCAGCUGUAAGGGGACUCCAAACUUCAACACAGCACUGUAAUUAUGUUUUUAUUUACAACAUGAGAGUUGUUUGUCUGCUUCAUCAAUGUCUGUAACAAGUCAUACCUCUGAUUGAUGCUCCCCGACAUGCCUCCUUCAUGUGGACGUUGAAUGUGUCAGUUAUUGUGAGGAGGAGACUCGGGUUGAUCUGCAGGGUAAUUCGAUCCCGGUGAACAUAGUUGCGUGUCUGCACUGUGGGACUGAAACGCAGCCAGCAGCUUGCAUGUCUUCCACUGCAGGAGAAAGGAAGCCUUGUGUUGAAAUGCAGAGCGGCUGCUGUCAGUGCAUCGCGGCUCUCUCUCUCUCUCACACACACACACACACACACACAUCCUGACUUGUGUUCUUGUCAACUGCUCCUUCACACGGUGCUUCCGGUUCAUAAUAAUCCGUUUAUUGUGUUGACGGCUCUACAAUAGUCACAGCUUUGAAGUAAUUUCAUUUUUUUUGCAUUUGCUAUGAAGAGAACCUUUAUAUUUAUAGAAAAGAAUCUUAUAUAAACACUACAUUGAUUGCUUUAUGAGAAUAAAAACAAUCUCACCACUGCAACUGUC